UGCUCUGAAAGAAUGAGCAGCAGAGUAUAGAAGCUGUAACAUAGGAAAUAAUCUUUGUCAUCCUUCUCGGGGAGCUGCAAGACUCUUCAACCGACUCUCAAGAGCUGAAGACGACGCCUGAUCGACCACAUCGGGGGAAAAAGACUCCAGUUCUACAAUCAAGAAGAAGACAGAGUGAGGACGCCCACAUCAAGAAAGAAGAUUCCAAUCUGACCGGUGAAGACGAGAGACGAGUGAAAAGAAGGGUGACCAUUCCAACGCCAGUCGAUGAUCGAUUAAAGAAGUCUUCUUUCCAAGUUCUCACUGAAGCCAGGACCCAGGGACCAGUCCAGGAUCGCUCCAACUCUGGCCAGAGGGGAGAGUCACAGCUGAGGCCUGCAGCCUGGCAUUGCAGAAGAGUUUCUUGGCCAGACAACUCUCACGUCUCCUUCUCCAAAACCUUCGAGUUUAAUACCCAGCUACAGCUUCAUUCAACACAGGCAGUUAGGAUAUCAUGUGCUCUGUGGAGGUACAAGAAGGAAAGCUUUUAAAAAUGUGUGACAGGAGAAAACUGCUUGUUGCUGCAAUCGUUUUCACAGCUCUCAGCUACAAAGUAACAAGUGAAAAGCUGGACAUGGCCCCCGAUGCUGUAGACGACCAGUUCGAUGGGUGCCGUAAAGAGGCCUUGGAGAAGUUUAUCCAUGCAGGCCUGUUAAAACAAGAGCUAAACAGCAGCAAGGGAUUCCAACAAGCAUGGGAAGUAAAUCCCCAGUGUUCAAAAGUGAUCCCUGGAGGAACAGAAAACCAUACUACUGCUCUUUUGGCGUACGCUAGUGGGGAUGAGUUUUCAAAAACCUUUGACGAUGCAGUAGGGACGCAGGGUGCAAACGUUCACACCUACGAAGACCACUUUGAUUUCAAGGCCCUCCACUUCCUGCUCAUGGAUUCAAUGUUACUGCUGAAACCGAAGAAAAAGGAGUGCAAGACUGUGCAUCUGCUCAAAGAAGAAACAUACACAGUACAAAAGGGCUCAACGGUGAGAUUUGGGAGAUUCACCAAAGCACAGUUGAGCUACAGUGAGCUAAAGCAAUUUCACGAUUUUGAUGGACUAGCUGUCUUUAAUAUCACUUCUUGCUUCUUUGUGAACCUGGGAGACAUUUGCAGUGAAAACAACGGUACGGCACUCUUAUCUCCAGCUGAAGUGUUCACUGUGGUGGAAGAACAAACAGUAGAAGAUCACGAAUAUGAGUCUAGCUAUACUGUGAUCGUGUUGAACCACCUACAAGUGAAAAGCACACACAACUGUUACAGCUUUUCACGUCCCUCUAGGUCCCCAGCUGGUGUUUCCAUGCAGUGGCUUGUGCUGAUGUUGAUGUCUUGUGCCUCUGUCUCUUUUUUUCUUUAGCUACUGACAACAACUGAAAAACAAUUAGCUCCUCAGAAUGCACUGAGAUUUAAUAAACCCUAAAUACUGCUUUGUGUGUACAGUUAAACAAUAAACUGUCUGUUUUGCUGUGAUGUUGCCAAAUAAGAUGCAACAAGCUUUUUCAGUCAGCUGGGGGAAAAAAACACUUGUUUUUGAAUUUCUUCUUCCAUAUUUUCUUUCCACAUAUCAGCAGAAAUAUAUACUGAUAUUAAUAUUUCUGAAAGAAGGUGAUGUUUUAUAUGUUUAUUAGUGUAUGACGUAAAAAGAUGGCAGGAAAUGAGUGGAGAGGGGUGGGCAACAUGCAAAAAGGUCCCCAGCCACAUCACAGGUCAUGGUUGACAGUGU